AUGUUCACGUUGUUGCUAUUCUUUCACUUGACAGGUCUAUUCUUCGCCUACAGUGUCUGUCUUGCUAUUUAUCGGCUCUACUUCAGUCCUCUGUCCAAGAUUCCGGGCCCGAAACUUGCUGCUAUAACCUGGUGGUACCAGUUCCAUUAUGAUGUCGUUAACAAAGGGCAAUACAGCUGGGUUGUGCGAUCGAUGCAUGAGAAAUACGGACCCAUAGUGCGAAUUAACCCUUGUGAGGUCCAUAUCUGCGAAUCCGACUUUUACGAAACCCUCUAUGCCUCAGGAGGGCUCAACCGGAAACGCGAUAAAUGGACCUGGGAUACAGUCGGGGCAGCUGGAGUGGCAGACUCAGCACUUUCAACGAUGAAUCAUGACCUCCACCGUAUGAGAAGAGCGGCCAUUGCCCCGUUCUUUUCUAUGCAGAAUGUGAAGAAACUGCAGCCGAUUAUUCAGGCGAAGGUGGAUAUCUUGAGGCGGCGAAUCUUAGAGAGAAAGGGAAACACAGAGGCCAUUGAUAUAUCGCAUGCUUUCUCCGCUCUGACAAAUGGUACGCGGCGCUUGGCCCAAAUAGAAGCCUUGAAAUUGGAAUCCUCCACCAUUAGCGUAGAGUCAACCCAUCGGACAAUAUUUCGAGAACUGUUGAGUAGCAAGCUGCCGUCUGAAGAGAAAGCGCCAACACGCUUAGCUACCGAAGCACAGGUUCUGGUUAGUGCUGGUAGCGAAACAACUGCCAGGGCGCUGACCCAUGCCUGCUACUAUCUCUUAACCUCGCCGGAUGUCCUUACGACUCUCAAAACGGAACUUGAAGGUGCAAUUCCAGCAACUGACUUCACGGACAGCGUGCCCCUCGAACAAGUCCAGCGGCUACCAUACCUCACUGCCGUCAUCAAGGAGUCUUUGCGCCUCUCAUACGGGGUGGUCGACUCCAACGCAUCUUUCCGGAUGAAGACUUGCAUUUUCACAAAUGGGUUAUUCCCAAGGGUACACCGACCGGAACGGUGGCUUCACAAUGCAACACUCCAUAGGUAUCUCGUCUCGUUUGGUAAGGGGAGCAGACAGUGCUUGGGGAUGAAUCUGGCUAUGUCGGAAAUGCAUCUCACUCUAUCGAGCUUGUUGCGGUGGUUUGGCUCAGGCGAUGUGAGGAGAGCGCAUGAUCUGGGACAAUUGGAGUUGUUCGAGACGGAUGAAAGUGAUAUCAAAAUGAUCGGGGAGGUGCUAGUCCCAGUGGUGAAGCAAGAUACUAAGGGUGUUCAGAUUGUCAUUAAGACCUGA